UCACACCAACUUUGUGAUGAAAUGAUGUUAGCCAGCUACCAUCACUCAUUACAGACUUUCACAUUUUAAAUUAAAAUGUAACUGAUUCCUAUGUCUAUUAACUACACUUUAUCUGACAUCAUUUUAUAAUACAUUUAGUCCACAGACCACUUUUUUUUUUAAACUUUUGAUACUAUAAAACUGUAAUGUUACCCUCACCAAAAAAGUUUGUGACUUUCAGAUGUUUUAACAUAGUAGAUGAGUGCAGGUCAAGAAAGUAAACAUUUUGAUGUUACAAUUUUGUUUUUGUUUCUCAAAAGGACCAAAAAAUGCUGUGUGCCAACCAACCAACCCUUGUUGCCAACCAACCCCUGUCUCCCCUACAUUUGAUCAGUUUUUUGCACCUUCAAUGGGUCCAUGUAAAAACUACUAUGAACUUUUCAGAACAAUUUGUAUUUUUCCUUUGCUCUUCCUCCUUUGAUUGCAAAAUAGCUUUCACAUGUCUCUCCUGCGGUCAAGUUCACAAUGUAACUACACACUUGGUCAUUGUUUCCAGUGUUCUUUGGAACACCUCUCUAGUUAAAAUGUCAGUGUCAUUCUGCCCCUACCUUCCAUCAUAGCUUGUUAUGACUAGUGUGUUAAAAGAGUGAAAAUCCAACUUGAAAAACAACUUGAAGAUUACAAAAAGAGCUGGAGUUGAUGCCGUGAAAACAAGACAGGCAACAUUCUUACACCCUCACACAUGUACUGCCUAGAUUGAGUCAACUUAUUGUUCUUUUUGUUUGCUAUGGUACAUGAGCGCUGCUUCAUUGCCUAUAUGCUGAACUUAAAUAUAGUGGGAUUUGGUUUGCACUGGAUGUUAUCAAGGUGCAUGUUUCACAUUGUGCCAGAUGCCUGCCUAAACAAGUACAGCAGUGAUAAUGGACGCUUCUCUAUGGUGUCUGAUAUUUAUAUCAGGGCUGUGCUCCUUUACUUUAUGCAUCUCGCCACAGUACAACCAUGUCAGUCUCCAAAUGAAUUACACAGACGCAAAGAGUUACUGUAGGAAGAUGUAUACAGACUUGGCCACUCUCUACAACCAUAACGAUGUGGAGAACUUGAUCAGUUCGGUGCCGGUUGACUUAAAGAGGGCCUGGAUAGGGCUGGAAGAGGGAGAUGUGUGGCAGUGGCACUGGACUUAUGGAGAGGGGGAUUUUUUUAAUUGGAGGGAUGGACAACCAUCUCCAAAUAUUAGUCAAAACAACUGUGUAGCAAUGGGUCCAAGUGGACAAUGGUUUGAAGAUGAUUGUAACAGUCACAAUAGUUAUGUUUGUUCUGAUGGAGGACAAAGUAAUGCUAGUCUCAUCUUUAUUGAUGGGAGAAUGUCUUGGAGAGAUGCUCAAGAUUACUGCAGGAACAUAUACAUGGACCUGGUCACCAUACGGUCCCUGGAAGAGAACCGGUUUGUACUGAAUGUGACCCAGACCCAGGCAGUGUGGAUAGGAUUGUUUAAAGACCCAUGGACAUGGUCAGAUGGAAGCAGCUCUUCUCUCCGUUUCUGGAGGCGUUUUCAGCCCUCCAAUGACAAAAACCAGGCCUGUGUUCUCGCAGUAUUUUUCGACGAGGGUCGGUGGAAUGACAGGCGUUGUCACAUCAGUCAAGACUUUAUAUGCCAGGGUGCUUUAAAAGCACACCCUGAAACAUCGACUCCACAACAAAUAUUUUCAACAGCACAGCCAACUACUUUUCAGAUAACGCCUUCUCUAAAAACUACUGUUGAAAAUCAAACACACACACCCACUCUAUCUGCCUCUACUAAUGACAGAACUGCUAAAUCCCCAACUCAAAACAUACCAUUGACAUCUCCAGCUCAAAACAUUACUUCAAAAUCUCCAAGUCAAGCUGUGACACCAACGCAACAGGCAACAGACCUCAACUCUACCCCACACACAACCUCAGUUGAAGGUGCAGCCUCACACAGCACAGCAGAAUCAACUGCUGCCAUGGCAACUGAAAGCAGUCAUGGUUUAAUCCAAGGUAACUUUCAACAUUUGUGUGCAUAUUAUUUUUUAUUAUAUAUAUUAUUAUAUUACAUAUAGCUUGAUUCUAACGGUUGUCUGUCCCAUAAUCUGAUAUUGGUGCAGAAGAACAUGACCUGGAUGCAGGCGCAGGGCUACUGCAGAGAGCACCACAUCAACCUGGUUUCGCUGACCACACAGGUGGUUCAGGGCUGGGCUGCCGAGAAGGCUUCCAAUGCCACAUCCCUUUAUGUCUGGCUAGGCCUGCGUUUCACCUGUACCUUCAACUUCUGGUUCUGGAUCCCAUCAGACACAGGCUGCUUUCAGAACUGGGCCCCGGGACAUGGGACAGGCGGGCCCCAGGACUGUAGCCUUGCAGGUGCCAUUCAGACCACAGGGGGGCAGCAGUGGGUUAGCCUGCCAGAGACGGCCAUGCUGAAUUUCCUCUGCUACACAUGUGCUGGGACUUGAAUAGAAUUGGACUACAAUCUUUUUUUGUGUUAUGAAUGAAGCUCCCAUGUACGCUACUGUAUGUGUCUGUUUUAUGUGUUCAAGCCUUUUCCCUUAGUAUUUUGCUUCCAAGUCAAUGCUGUGUGGAAAUGUUGGUCUUUUAGAAUCUGCUGUUAAAAUCAAAUUAUUAGUUCAUUAUGCAAACUCGUUCAGUGUCAUGGGCAGCAAAGUGAUAAAGUGAUGUGAGAACGUACAUCAGACUCAGGUUCCAUGCCUGUCUUGUCGGAUGUUGCACAUUUGCAUAUUGACCUCGGUCCCCCAGGGUCACCCAAACGGAUUGUUCUUUUCGACCACCGGGGCACAGCUCACACCCACAGGGCAACCUCCCUGCCUGCCGUCCUCAUCGACCUGACCUUCACUGAACUGCAUGGAAGCCAGUUCACUUCAGGCCACAUCUUCCUGUCUGCACCCUUGAAGGAGAAGGAUGCUGUUGCCACACCUCACAGCUAAGACUGUUUCAUCCUGAAUGGCUGAAUACAUCCCGCAUUUGAUUGUUUGCAACACGUAUGUGCUGAUCUUAAACCUGUGUUUUCUGAUAUUGCCAUUUGAGAAUUUGAAACAAGAAAGUCACAUUAAACCCUCCUAAAAUGCUAGCACCCUUUAAUGUUUUCCCAGAAUUAAUUUUCUGAGAAUAGAAGACUUCCAUCACUUUCCCCUUGUCCCUUGUAGGACUCAUGGCAGAAAUAAUAAAUUGUCAUGCAGACAUUGCAUUAAUGUGCAGUCAUUCUCUGUGCUAAAGCUAUCUUAUUAAGCAAUCUGUUAUCAGAAACUAUACAACUGUAAGAUCUAAAGUUGGCAUCUCUUCUAAUAUGUAUUGUUAUUGUAUUGAGUAGGAAACAACCCCCACAGAGCUU